AUGACGGGUUUCGGUUUUGCCAUCGAUCGUGGUGGCACGUUCACGGAUGUUUGCGUUUUCAAGCCGGACGGCACUACCCGAGUGCUCAAGGUGCUGUCAGAAGAUCCAGCGAACUAUGUUGAUGCUCCUACAGAAGCAAUCCGUCAGAUUUUGGAACAGGAAACGGGUGUGUCAAUACCUCGAGGAAGUCCAGUGCCAGCCGAACACAUUUCAUGGAUCCGUAUGGGUACGACGGUAGCGACGAAUGCUUUGCUCGAACGAAAAGGCGAACGCAUUGCAUUACUGAUCACGAAAGGAUUUAAAGAUCUUCUAUACAUUGGCAACCAAACCCGUCCGAGAAUUUUCGAUUUCGACAUAAAAAUCCCUGGAGUUCUCUAUGAAGAAGUGGUGGAGGUAGAUGAGCGUGUGAUUUUGUCUGACGAUAGCUGUCAACUAGGUGAAAUUGGACGUAUUCAGGAGACGUUCUUCGGGAAGAAGGUGAUUGUGGAAAAGGAACCUAAUGACAACGAAGUUACAGAACUCCUACAAGCUGUCAAGUCAAAAGGGAUCAAAAGCAUCGCUGUAGCCUUUCUCCACUCCUUCAUUUAUCCUGAACAUGAGUUGAAGGUGAAGAAGAUAGCUCACGAGCUUGGCCUCAAAAACGUUUCACUGUCACACGAAGUAAUGCCGAUGAUUAAGAUUGUUCCUAGAGGUUUCACAGUAUGUGCCGAUGCCUAUUUAACACCAAAGAUCAGAGAAUAUAUCGAUGGCUUCGAGUCUGGCUUUUCUGAUGGUUUAAAAAGUGUGAGGGUAGACUUCAUGCAAUCUGAUGGAGGUCUGUGCAAUGUCAAAAAUUUUUUCGGCUCAAAAGCAAUUCUGUCGGGUCCUGCUGGUGGAGUCAUCGGAGUAGCUCUCACUGCCUAUGACCAAAAAACUAAAAAACCUGUGAUCGGAUUCGAUAUGGGAGGUACCUCAACUGAUGUCUCUAGGUACUCGGGAGCACUGGAACAUGUAAUGGAAACAACAACUGCUGGUGUGACAAUUCAGGCGCCACAGGUUUGCCAUGAACGAAGUUUCUCCAAUCCAAGGAAAGUGUUACAAUUACAGCUGGACAUCAAUACAGUUGCAGCUGGCGGCGGAUCUCGACUAUUUUUCGACACUGGAAUUUUCAAGGUUGGUCCUGAAAGUGUUGGAGCUCAUCCAGGACCGGUCUGCUAUCGAAAAGGAGGGUCAGUAACUCGAAUUGCCAUUCCCUCUGCUUUUGUUAAGGAAAACCUGGCGAUUACGGAUGCGAACCUUGUGUUGGGACGGAUCAUGCCGGAGUACUUUCCUAAAAUUUUUGGUCCUAACUGUAAUCAGCCUUUGGAUAGCGAAGCCACUUAUUCUGCCAUGAGGGACCUAACUGAGAGAAUCAAUGGGUACAUCAGAAGUAAUCCAGAUGCCAUACAAAAGGAAUACACUGUCGAAGAGGCUGCAUUGGGAUUUGUGAAUGUCGCUAAUGAAGAGAUGUGUCGCCCUAUUAGAGCUAUUACCCAGGCUCGAGGCUACGAUACCUCAGUGCACAUACUAGCAUGCUUCGGAGGUGCCGGCGGACAACACGCGUGUGCUGUUGCUCAAAGCCUAGGCAUAAGCACCGUCUUGAUCCACAAAUAUGCAAGUCUUCUGUCCGCUUAUGGAAUUGCGAUGGCUAGAGUGGUGAGCGAAGUACAAGAACCCGUAAACAUAGUAUUUUCAGCUGAAAGUAUGCCUAUGUUUGCUGAGCGGUUAGCUGCUCUUUCGAAAAAGGCCAAAGAGGACCUCAACCAGCAGGGCUUCAAAGAGGUCCAUUGCGAGCAUUUUUUGCAUAUGCGAUUUGCCAGAACCGAUUGUGCUAUCAUGAUCACAGCCGAUUAUGAUCCCGAGAAUCCUCAGACCUUGAACAACUUCGUGAAAACGUUCUACACUAACUAUAAGCGAGAAUUCGGUUUCGUACUGGAAGACCGUGACGUAAUUGUCGAUGACAUACGAGUUCGUGGAGUUGCUUCUUCUGGGAUAAAGUCCGACGAGCGCAUUGAAAUGACAUCUGAUCCCGAUAGCGCAGUGCCUUUGACCCAUACGAAAACCUUUUUCGAGGAAGGUUUCCUGGAUACAGCAGUUUACGAUAUUACAAAUCUCCUGGGUGGACAUCAUAUAAAGGGGCCUGCAAUGAUCAUCGACAAGAACAGUACGAUCGUUGUGGAACCACUGUGUUCGGCCACCAUUACUCCAGAAGGCAGCAUUAGGCUAAACGUGGACCCAAUUCGACUAUCAAUUUUCUCAAAUCGUUUCAUGUCGAUAGCUGAACAGAUGGGACGCGUUCUUCAACGAACAGCUAUUUCUACGAAUAUCAAGGAGCGACUUGACUUCUCGUGUGCUCUGUUUGAUCCCGAAGGUGGGCUGAUAGCCAAUGCACCCCACAUCCCUGUUCACUUGGGUGGUAUGCAGUAUGCUGUACGUUACCAGAUCGAUCAUCUUGGAUUAGACGGGAUUCGCAAGGGUGAUGUCAUCCUUUCAAAUCAUCCGAGAGCUGGCGGGAGCCAUCUGCCUGAUCUAACUGUAAUCACUCCGGUGUUCUUUGAGAAUAUUGCAAAUCCAGUGUUCUUUCUGGCUAAUCGUGGUCAUCAUGCUGACAUCGGUGGUAUUGCGCCGGGCAGUAUGCCACCGAAUGCUACGUCUUUAGAUCAGGAAGGAGCUACCUUCGUCUCAUUCAAAAUCGUUGAAGGAGGAGUUUUCCGUGAGGAUCUUCUCAAUGAAAAGUUGAACAAACCUGCAAGUAUACCCGGUUGCUCCGGUACCCGAAAUCUUGCAGACAAUGUAGCUGACUUAAAAGCACAAAUUGCAGCUAAUAAUAAGGGAAUUUCACUGGUAUGCGAUCUCAUAAGUGAAUAUGGUCUUGAAGUGGUACAAGCCUACAUGCUGCACAUUCAGUCCACGGCAGAAGAAAGUGUAAGGGAAAUGCUCAAAGAGGUUGGGAAAAAAGUCUUUGAACGAACUGGAACCACACGACUACAUGCCUCUGAUUCGAUGGAUGACGGGACAGUGAUACAAUUGACUAUCACGAUCGACGUUGAAAAGGGAGAAGCAUUAUUCGAUUUUGCUGGCACUGGAAUGGAAGUGAUUUCGUCAUGUAAUUGUCCAAAGGCUGUCACCAUGUCAGCAAUUAUUUAUUGUCUGAGAUGUCUCGUAGGAAAGGAUAUCCCUCUCAACAGCGGCUGUCUCAAUCCCAUAACUGCAAGUUUUGAUAUUUCGAUUCCCGAGGGUACAUUGCUUUCACCUUCUGAAGGGGCUGCUGUUGUGGGUGGCAAUGUUUUGACGAGUCAGAGGCUCUGCGAUGUUAUUUUUGGAGCUUUUGAAGCUGUGGCUGCUAGUCAAGGCUGCAUGAAUAAUGUGACAUUCGGUGAUGAAAAAAUGGGCUACUAUGAGACGCUGGCUGGAGGUGCUGGGGCUGGUGAGGGAUUUCAUGGUAGGAGUGGAGUUCACACCCAUAUGACCAAUACAAGGAUCACCGAUCCGGAGAUUCUGGAGAGUAGAUAUCCUGUUAUUCUUCGCGAAUUUUCGCUGCGGGAACAUUCUGGUGGAGAUGGAAAAUGGCGUGGAGGAGAUGGAGUAAUUCGAUGUCUUCAGUUCAGACGGCCUCUUACGCUAUCACUGCUGACUGAACGACGUGUAUUUGCUCCAUAUGGCCUAAAAGGUGGAAGCGACGGUGCACGUGGUGUGAAUGUGUUGAAAAAGCGUUCGCGAACUGUGAACCUUGGUGGGAAAAUCACUUUACGGGUCGACGCUGGGGAUAUACUUGAGCUGCAGACGCCUGGCGGAGGAGGUUAUGGUACCAAGUAA